AUGUCUACUCCUUAUACACGUGGGGAUAAUUUUAAUGAUAAGGAUAAACUUUUACCAAAACCUCAAGCAAUUACGGAACAAAUAGUGAAGGAGUUGACAUCUGAGCAAAUGGCUCGCAUAGCUAAAAAUCGGCGUUUGGCUCAAGGACGAUUAGCUAAGCGUUUGGAACAGCUCAAAGAGCAAAGUGCUGAGGAUUAUGACGGGCAAAAUACGCCAGAGAGGCCGAGUUUGCAUGAUCUCGAUAUGCCGUCCACAUCGGCGGCCGCAGCGCCUGCGCAAAAGAAACGGCGGCGCGAAGUGUGCCCGGAAGCUGUGGACAACAGCAACGAGGCGCUGGAAAAACUCAUGGAGGAGUUAACUGUCCGCGAUAAAAUUGUACAAAUAAAUCUCGAUGACAAAAAAAAUAUGCCGCCAAAUGAAUACACUGCUCUUAUAAACAAUCGUUACGAGUCUACGUGCACCACGUUCGAUAAUUGCAACGAUCGUCAACAUACUGUGCAAAUAAAAGAUAUAACGGAAUAUGAGUCUAUAUUUAAAUUCGAUGAAUUCCCUUCGUCGCUCACUCUGGAUGAGUUGUUAGUGUUCAAAGAAGAUCCGUUUUGGCAGAAAAUGCAUUUUAUUCUUUUUUAUGCAUUUUGGUUGACAUUAAUUAUAACAUUUCUUAUCGCUUGCCUAAUAACGUAUUUGGAAUUUGAUUUCAACACUUGUAACGCUAUACAUAUAAGUGGCAGCCCAUCUACGCCAAUUUCAACAAGUUUCAAUGGCGAUCGUAGUAUUUUAAGUGACUUACCUUUGCUAACUGUUCACUAGACUUUAUCAUUACAUCGAAUACGUCUUCAUAGGUAAGAACGUAGUAGGAAGUUAAGACAGGUUUGAAAAAAAGCUGAUAUUAAUGACGCUAUAUUAUUUGAAGUUAUUUAGUUUUUUUACUUAUUGGAAUAAUGUUUUAUUUGCUAUUUUACAUUUUAAUAUGUAUUUCCUAGUAGUAUAAAAUAGUAAAAUAAAUUUUUAUGGUUGACAAUGUACUAGGUUUAACGAGCGACCAAAAAAACUCAAUAUUAAUGCGACUCACUGUACGUGGCCGGACUGAGAAAGAAUCGCAAAUUUGUUUAUCGGUCAAAAUGUAUUUAUUUGUUUACUAAGCUAUUUUAAGUGAGAUGCAUGCACGCACGCACAAGGAACUUAUCAAGGAACUUCAUUCCUUGAUAAUAUUCAAUAUAUUCACAAAGUGUUUGAGUGAUUGCUGUUUUUUUGCUAUUCUCGAAUCUGCAACAUUAUCAGCUUUAUAUGGACCAAAUACUCGGCUGAUGUAAUUGUCUCAUCGUAUUGCAGCAUGUGCGUGUAUUUUUUUUAUUAAUGUAUAUGAAGAUUGAAAAUGACGAAUCUAUUUCACUGAUGACAGCUAUCUCUCUAGCGCACAUAGUUUACAAAAAUGGAAGAGAUUAAACUUAUUCUCCUUAUACUAUAGGAAAUUGCUUUCUAAAAUAUGUAAACAUUAUAUGGCUACAAAACGCUACAAAUUUUGAACCAUCAUUUAGUGCGUCAAAAUACUAUUCUUCAUUCA